AUGGGAAAGUUCUGCGUGAGGCGGCGCUGGCUGGCGACCGCGUGCCUGGGCACUGCGCUGCUGCUCCUGUGCGUGGCACCCCGCGCCCUGUAUCCAGCACAGCAAACUGAGGCCAGACAAGAGGAGAGGUUGGUGUGGUCUCCUCCGGCCUUUGGGAUGAGGCUAGUGUGGGGCCAGCAAGCCCCCCUGCAUCUGGGUGGUCACAGAAGGGCCAAAGAUACCCUCAGCAGGUUGGCUGGACCACCUGCCCCACCGGCUGACUGGCACCUCUCUCCUGCCCCCCUUACAGCAUUGGAGAGCAGGGCCCUGGGCCCCAACGGGCUCAGAGGAAGGAAAAGUCCUCUGCAAAGGCUCCAUGACCUGGACCAGGGCCCGCGCUCGCCCCUGGCCGAGGUGCACCGGCAGCGGCGCAACCAGCUGCGCAGAGCCUGCAGCCGCCACACGCGCCGGCAGCACCUGCUGCGGCCCGAGGACUUGAGGCACGUGCUGGUGGACGACACGCACGGCCUGCUCUACUGCUACGUGCCUAAAGUGGCCUGCACCAACUGGAAGCGCGUGCUGCUGACGCUGAGCGGCCGAGCCCGCGGAGACCCACGCGCCAUCCCCGCGCACGAGGCGCACCUGCCAGGCCGCCUGCCCUCGCUGGCAGACUUCAGCCCGGCCGAGAUCAACCAGCGCCUGCGCACCUACCUGGCCUUCCUGUUCGUGCGCGACCCCUUCGAGCGCCUGGCGUCCGCCUACCGCAACAAGUUCUCUCGGCCCUACAGCGCGGCCUUCCAGCGGCGCUAUGGCACGCGCAUCGUACGCCGCCUGCGGCCCCAGGCCCGGCCGGAGGCGCUGGCGCGGGGCCACGACGUGCGCUUCGCCGAGUUCCUGGCCUACCUGCUGGACCCGCGCACACGCCGCCAAGAGCCCUUCAACGAGCACUGGGAGCGAGCACAUGCGCUCUGCCACCCGUGCCGCCUGCGUUACGACGUGGUGGGCAAGUUCGAGACGCUGGCCGAGGACGCGGCUUUUGUGCUGGGUCUGGCGGGCGCGUCGGGGCUGCGCUUCCCCGCACCCCCGAGGCCCAAAGCUGUGAUGGCAGCGCGCGAUUAUGCAGCGCUCCUCUUCCAGGACAUCAGCCCCUUCUACCAGAGGCGCCUCUUCGAUCUCUACAAGAUGGACUUCCUGCUUUUCAAUUACUCUGCGCCCCCCUACCUGCGGCUGCACUAAUGCCCAGGCUUCCGGUGGGACCGAACUGGGCACAUUUCUGGCAAGAUCCAAGGACCCUGGGACCCCGCUGGAAGAUCUGCGGCACCACUGCUUGG